AUAUUAGCUGCCAGUCAUAUGACAGAAGUGAGACGGAAAUAAUUCAACCGAAGGGUCGCAAACCGUGAAUACCGGUUCUGUUAUUGAGCUGCCGGUGGGAUAUUUGGACUGUGUUGUAGCUCUUUGUGUUUUGCAGUUUCUGGAGACGCAGGCGGGCACACUGCUGGCUGUAAAUGUGAGACUCACCGAACUUCCUUGUGCGCGCAGCUGCAGCAGUUCUCAGGAAGACACCUAUCUGCCAUCAUGCUCGCCGUGUCUCUUCUUAUCGUUGCUGUUGUUUCUCAAACGGCGGCUCGGUACACCCCGGACUGGACGAGCCUGGACGCCAGGCCGCUGCCUUCAUGGUACGACGAAGCCAAGCUGGGGAUUUUUAUCCACUGGGGCGUGUUUUCUGUGCCCGGCUUCAACAGCGAGUGGUUCUGGUGGCACUGGCAGGGCCAGCAGCCUCCGGACCAGAAAUGUGUUAACUACAUGUCGCAAAACUAUCCUCCCGGGUUCAGCUACCCGGAGUUUGCUCCUCAGUUUCACGCUCAGUUCUUCAACCCAGAAGAGUGGGCGGAUAUUUUCAAAGCUUCUGGUGCAAAGUAUGUCGUCCUGACUGCCAAACACCACGAAGGAUUUACUAACUGGGAAUCUCCAAACUCCUGGAACUGGAAUUCUGUUGAUACUGGUCCUCACAGGGACCUGGUGGGAGACCUGGGAGAGGCAGUGCGCAACAGGUCAUUGCACUAUGGUCUCUACAAUUCCUUGUAUGAGUGGUUCCACCCUCUCUAUCUUAUUGACAAGAAGAAUGGGUUCAAAACGCAAGAGUUUGUGCUGAAUAAACUUCUUCCAGAGCUGUAUAACAUGGUUGUAAGGUACCAGCCUGAAGUGAUCUGGUCUGAUGGGGACUGGGAAGCACCUGACACCUACUGGAACUCCACCCAAUUCCUGGCCUGGCUCUACAAUGACAGCCCUGUUAAAGAUACUAUCGUGACUAAUGACCGAUGGGGAGCUGGCUGUGCCUGUAAACAUGGUGGCUACUACAACUGCGAGGACAAGUACACUCCAGGCCAGCUGCCCAAACACAAGUGGGAAAAAUGCACAUCUGUGGAUACUCUUUCCUGGGGUCAUCGACGAAAUAUGAAGAUGAACGAAGUUAUGCCACUGGCCGCCAUUAUUGAGGAUCUGGUCCGCACUGUCGCUCUUGGGGGUAACUACCUUCUGAAUGUUGGUCCCACAGCCGACGGGAUGAUCCCCCCUGUGUUUGAAGAGAGGCUAAGAGGUGUUGGAGACUGGCUAGAGCUCAACGGGGAGGCCAUCUACUCUUCCAAGCCCUGGAGGGUGCAGACAGAAAACACCACUAUACCAGUCUGGUAUACAUCUAAGGGGCUUAUAGUCUAUGCCAUCAUGACAGCCAAACCCCCGAUGUCCACAGUGAAACUGUUGGAACCCAAAACUUCAGCCAUCACGCAGGUGUUCUUGGUGGGGAAUCCUACACCCUUAUCCUGGGCCCCAGUCAACCCCGGCGGUGGCCUUGUUGUCCUUUUGCCUGAGCUGCCUUAUACUCCUGCUCAGGUGUGGACACUUAAACUGGACCUUGUCCAGUAAGUUUUAAAUGCCUAAAAUAAUGAUCCUCUCCAAGGAUGAAUUAUUUGAAAUGAAUCAACUCAGGUUUUUAAUUUUUGUGGAUUAAUGGGGGAACUUGCUCUGACUUGAAGGGACAGUACUCACGUAAUGAGUUAGUAUCAUUACCAAAAUGAAAGAAUCAAACAUGCCUUCUCCAUGAUUGCUUUGCUGCUCCGAGGACUAAAGACUUAAUACCAUUUUGUCUCAGUCGUGUUAAAUUUUUAAUGAGUCCGUGUUUCUGAAUGGAAAGUGAAUCUGAAUCUGCUGUGUGGUUUUAAAGUUUUUCUGUCAGCUUCUCAGCUUAGUGCUGUUUCACAAAUGAUUCAUUAUUUCAGUGGUUUGUUUUGAAAAUGAGCGGUUUAUAUAUAAAAAACACUUAUUUUUUCACUUCCCGUCUUUUAA